GGACUGUACGCACGUAAGGAGCGGGAAAUGACACGUGUUGCUGGCUUUCACAGAAAAGCUAGGCACGAAAAAUAAGGACUAACCUUUCGUUAACUAACCACUCACAUAUUGGAAAACCGCGGAGGACCUGGGCUCGUUUUUAAAUAUCAGAAAAAACAGCUCCGUGACUCAAAAACUGGAAAUUGUGCUUUGUAAACAAUUUUGCAGCACAAUUUCCCCUCCGAACGCAGUCGGUCACUUUAGUUGUUGUUUAUUUUUGGCCCCAACAGUGCUCCGUACUGACCUCCACUUCCCAGCUUUGGCGUCACCUGGAAGUAGUCACGCUGGGCGGGAUGACCGCAACAACAAGAUGGCGGAGAGUGGAGAGUUUCGGCCGGAGUCAGUCCUGUAACGCAGACUUCAGCCCGUUGACUGGUGAAGCGGCCGUGUGGCACCACAGCGAAACCAGCAUGAAUCUCCAGCAGCCAGCCCCUCUCAUCCCCCCCGUCCACCCCGACGUGCAGAUGAAGCCGCUGCCCUUCUAUGACGUGCUGGACGUCCUGAUCAAGCCUUCAAGUCUAGGAGCGAGUCCUGCACAGAGGUACCACCAAGAAAAGUAUUUCAUCUUUGCCUUGACGCCACAGCAAGUUCGUGAAGUGUGCAUAUCCAGGGACUUUCUACCAGGGGGCAGACGGGACUAUAUGGUUCAGAUUCAACUGAGGUUUUGCUUGUCAGAGACAAGUUGCCCUCAAGAGGAUAACUACCCAAACAGUCUUUGUAUAAAGGUUAAUGGGAAACUUUUUCCUUUGCCAGGUUAUGCACCACCACCGAAAAACGGCGUGGAGCAGAAGAGACCAGGAAGACCUCUAAACAUUACCUCCCUUGUCCGACUCUCCUCUGCGGUUCCCAAUCAGAUUUCAGUGACAUGGGCGCCUGAAAUUGGCAAAACCUAUUCCAUGUCUGUGUACCUGGUGAGGCAGCUGACAUCACCACUGCUCCUGCAGAGGCUGAGGAUGAAGGGCAUCAGGAACCCGGACCACUCCAGAGCACUAAUUAAAGAGAAGCUGACAGCAGAUCCAGACAGCGAGGUGGCUACAACGAGCCUUCGAGUCUCACUCAUGUGCCCGCUGGGGAAGAUGCGGCUGACGGCGCCGUGCCGGGCGGUGACCUGCUCUCACCUGCAGUGCUUCGACGCCGCCCUUUACCUACAGAUGAACGAGAAGAAGCCCACCUGGAUCUGUCCCGUGUGCGACAAGAAGGCUGCGUACGAGAGCCUCAUCAUCGAUGGGUCAGUUCAGCCUGUUGUUGCUCUCGCUGGUGCUUCAGAACAUGACAGAAUGCACAGCGGGGACGCUUCAGUGUUUUCUCCUGAGAUUCAUUUGCACGUUAAUAUAUAUUUUUUUUGAUUGUUGUUUUUUGUCACGAGCACAGAAUGUGAAUGUUAAGUGGCAUGUUUAGAGUUUCCACACCGUGAGUAAAGGCGUGAACCAAUCACGUGCAGAAUGACGUAUAGUG